UGUGUUUACAACAAUAAUAGGACUUGGAAAAUGUGUAAUUUGCACCGUCAUCCUCACAAGAUAUGGAAGUCAAUCUUAAAAUGUAACUGGUAAUCAAAAGCCUUCGAUUACACAAAGAAAAUWUAUUCCAGAGACUAAUUUAAAGGAAUUUUGRCCCAUUUURCGAUUCCUUUUCACGAUGAACACGCGAACGAUACUAUCAAGGAUUCUCAGAUCAACUCGAUUUCUUGGGCUGCAGUCUCGUCCGAUGCCACUGAACCGAUCAAAACAUAUUAUUGCAAACAAGCAAGUCAAGGUUCCCGAUUUUGUGCAGGAGUUUAAGGGAAUGGAGCCUUCUUUUCCUUGUUUGACUGAGCUAUCGCCAAGRUCCAAAGGAAGCAUUGGUGCUGACCCAGUCUAUUCCCAAGUUCUUACUGGUUUUCAAACAUUUCUCUACAAUCAGCCUUUUUAUUUCCAAUACAAUGAGGGAGUUGUUCCAGAAAUGGUUGUUGCUUAUGAAACAUGGGGUCAACUAAAUGAUGAYAAGAGCAAUGUUGUGUUAUUGUACACAGGCCUUUCGGCAUCAUCWCACGCUAGAAGUAAUGAGGUAUUAUCCAUUGAUUUCCUUUAGUUAGAACGACAACACUUAUUUAUUUCUUAACAUUUCACUUUAAAAAAGCUAAAAGAGACACUUUCUCGAGGAAUGCUUUCAAAACUGAUUUACUUUGUAAUCGAUAACUGGACACUAUUCAAAGAUUGUUUACAAGCAUUUUCGGAACUCUUAUUAAAGCAUUUUAAUGUGACAACAGAAAAAGAGUCAAAGCAUGCAAUUCCAGAUAUCUCUUGACAUGGAUAUUUCUAGCUAUAGUAUAAGCAAUUUUGCCUCAGAAUUCAGUACAAAAUGCUGUUAGAGUAARGCCCAGUUUACAUGGAUCACUUUACACUAAAAGGUCGCCCUACCAGAAGAGUUCAAACAAAGCCCCUCCUCCUUUACAYACAAACUUGACAAGCAGGGGCCACCCCUGGAGUAUCGCUAGCAUCAUGGUUACUAGGUUUUGUAAGGAGUUUUCUCUUUUUUCCUUUUGAUUGUUUAUAUCAUACUUGUCUAUAUAUUUUCAGUGCUGUGAGCUAUUAUUGUCAAUAAAACCAUUAUUUUGA